AUGACAGAAGCUGUUGUCUCUUUUGUUACAAAUCGUCUCGAAACCUUGCUCCUAGAGGAGGGAAGCCUAUUGGGAGGGCUUAAACAAGAGGUCGAAUUAUUCAUAGAUGAGUUGUGGAAUCAGAAAGCUUUCGUCAAAGCGGCUGAAGCAAAAGAAGAUGAUGAUCCCAGGCUCCAAGAAUGGACCAAGCAAUUGCGCGAAAUUGCUUAUGACAUUGAAGAUCUUCUCGAUGAAUUUGUACUUCGCUUUGCUGGCUACCGACAUCAUGGAUUCUGUGACUCUCCUCAGAGAAUUCUCAAAAACAUUAAGAGCUUGCGAGCUCGUCAUCAGGUUGCCACUGAAAUUCAAAGCAUAAAGUCCAGAUUCAUAAAUAUGUCAGAAUCACAUCCGAGAAACCAAGUUAAAUUUGGCAUCGAUGACCGUGUCACUGGAUCUUCAACCAUAAGCAACUCAUGGCACUAUAGCAGGGAUGAUGCACUUCUAAUGGAGGAAGCAAAAUUGGUUGGCAUUGACCAGCCCAAACAACAUCUGAUUUCUAAGCUUCUCGAGGCGGACGAUCACCAACUCAAAGUUAUUUCAGUGGUCGGUAUGGCUGGACUAGGGAAAACUACCCUAGUCAAAAAGGUCCAUGAAGAUCCAGAUGUUAGAAAGAAUUUCCCAGUUCGUGCCUGGGUAACCGUCUCUCAAACAUGCGAUUUUCCAAAGCUCCUAAGAGACUUGAUUUUGCAGUUGCACGAGGAAUUGCAAAAAUCAGUCCCACAAUUCAUCGAAUCUAUAUCUACCAUUGAGUUGAAAGAAUUUGUCAAAGAUUUUCUACAAGCAGCUGGAAGGUUUGCAAUUGUGUUCGAUGAUGUGUGGGACGUGAAAUUUUGGAAUGAAAUCAAAUCUGCACUGCCUGAGGGUAACUAUGGCAAUCGUGUCAUGCUAACAACACGAAAAGCCGAUGUUGCCUCUGCAUCUUGCACAGAAUCUCAGGAUUAUGUCUACAAAAUGGAGCCACUAUCAAUUGAAGAUUCGUGGACCCUAUUUUGUAACAAGAUCUUUAAAGGAAAGCAUUGCCCCGCCCACCUGAUGGAUGUUGCAAAAGCUGUAUUGGAUAAAUGUGAGGGUUUGCCUUUGGCGAUUGUUGCUAUCAGUGGGCUCUUGGCUUCGAAGGACGUGAGAAGAAUAGAUGAAUGGGAGAUCGUUCAACACAGUCUUGGGGGUGAAUUAGAAGGAACAGGUAAGCUAGAGAGAGUUAAAAGGAUACUUUCUCUGAGUUACAAUGAUCUGCCUUCGCAUCUCAGACCCUGUCUGUUGUAUUUAAGCAUUUAUCCGGAGGAUUAUCUAAUAACAUGCAGAAAACUGAUUCAAUUAUGGAUUGCUGAAAGAUUUAUAGAAAGGAGAGGAGGCAUGUGUAUUGAAGAUGUAGCCUGGGGCUAUCUCGGUGAACUCAUCAGGAGAAGCCUAAUUCAAGUAACUGAAGUGUUUUAUGAAGGAUCACCCUACACUUGUCGAAUCCAUGACCUAUUGAGAGAAGUUAUUCUCAUCAAGUCAAGGAAACAAAACAUGGUCACGGUUACUACUGGACAACCAAUGAUAUGGCCAUUUAAGAAGUCAGAUCCACCAACCCAUUACCAUUCAAAACUUUCUUAUCUGAAGUUCUAA